GGGCCGGAUGGCCAGGGCCGGACUCCUGCUGCUGCCCCUUCUCCUCUGCUUCGGGCCAGAGACCGCCGGGAGCAUCAACCCGGAUGCACUUAGAGAGAUCGUGGAUCAUGUGACUCGGAAUGGGGGAGUUAACAAGCAAUACGCCUUCGCGGCCACACUGCCCCACGGCACCUGCCGCAACCCCCAGGAUGUGUCCACCUAUCUGCCCCGGGACAAGCUGGCAGAAAUGAGACGGAGCAUUCGCCAGUUUGGAGACCUGUACAACCCCCCCGAUGGGAACAUAGUGGCCGCCCGUCCAAAGAACGUGGCCACUCUCAACAGGAACUACACGGAGCACAGCGAGUGGCGUCUGCUCCACGGAGAUCAGAACAGCCUCGUGGCCCAGCUGAAAAACAGGACCUUCGGCCAGAACAGCUGCCUGAUCUUAUUCAGCUUCAACUCGCCCUGCUCCACCAAGUGCCUGCGCCAGGCCGGGCGGGACAACAUCGUGCAGAUGACCAGCGACGCCUUCCGCCCCCUCGACAACAACUACAAGGCCUUCGUCUUCCAGCAAAUCUUCGACUACGAUCUGAAGAAUGGAGUGACCUGCCAGGGUCUGCUGGAUGCCUGGCACCGGCUGCGUAACGUCCCCUUGCUGCGCUGUGACAACAACGGCUGCAGGGACUGCGCGGCGGCGGAGCCUCAGAACAACCCCUGCCUGGCGGGGAAGAUGUAAAUGAUGGAGCAGAACCGGGAACCUAUCACCUGCUAAGAUACCAUAAAUUACUAUAUAUAGCCUGCGAGUUAAACCCUUUUUUACAAACCCCGCCCCGCAGUGUAUACGUGUCCGCGUCUUAUAUAAAUCGAUUUUUACACCAGAAGCAUCAGGUCCCCUAAGUGGCUCUGCCCCCCAUUAGAACUGAUGAGUUUCCAGCGCGUCUGCGCUGCGCUUUGCAUUCUCCCCACCCAGAGGAGGGUGGGUGGCGCCUGGUUGCGGCUGUGCAGGGCACAAGUGUGGCUCCCCUCCGGCAGGCCGGCCAGCUCGCCGACAGCAGGAUGGCCGUGGCCUUGUGUCUGCUCUCUACGCACUGCUGCUCAAGUGCCUGGGGCUGCUGUAGAAGUCUCUGCGGGUUAUACACGUCCGCGGGUAGUCUAUAAUUUUUUUUACACAGGAUAGAAAAAUCUCCGGUAAUACAAGGGUGCGGGUUAUAUAUGGAUGCGGGUUGUAUACGCUAAUUUAUGGUAUAUCUUUCCUUUACUCUCCUAUCCUUUUCUUGAUAUAUUUAAUAGUAUGCCAGUAGUGCAAGGCCGGCAGGACCUCAUGUAUCCUGUAUGAAUCAGGCUUAGCAAGAGCGGUGUGAUAAAUACAGGGCUAAGACUGAUUUCUUUUAUUUUUUUGUGUUUUUCUUGACAGAUGCAUUGCGAAAGGGUUGUGAAAGGCCUUUGCAAGUAAACUUACAGUUGAUUCGUGGCCAUUACCCAGCAGCGUGCGAAUAAACAAGUCAAAUGGCUACACGCGGCUACACGCGGCACGGGCUAGAU